AAAUUGCACCUGAACUUUUUGCACUUAAUGAUCUUUCUAGAAGUUGGAAAAUGGUUGUCAUGGAGUAUCUGGCUGAUAAUAAGUACAUUAAUCUUUACAAUCUUCUGAAAGAAAAAAGAGAUAAUCAAGAAUAUUUACAACAAAAAGUAAUGGAUGCUGCAAAACUUUUACAUUAUGGGGAUUAUGUGCAUGGUGAUCUUAGAGCAUCCAAUAUCAUGGUUUCAACUGAUAUGAAGCAUAUAAAGAUUAUUGACUUUGAUUGGAGUGGAAAAGUAGAUCAAGCCAUUUAUCCAUAUUUUAUUAGUACAUGCUUACCAGAUGUUGACUGUGAAAAACCAAUUGCUAAAGAACAUGAUUUACAUCUUUUAAAGAAGUCUAUAGAAAAUUUAGAUUCUCAUAAUGUUACAUAG